ACCCCCAAAACGUGCUCCUCAAUCCUCUCCCUCUUCCUAGUUAACAAACUUCACUUUCAUUUUCAACUUCAAUUCAGGUCCCUUUUUAAGUCCAACGUUAACAUUAAACAACCCCAUUUCACAAAGCACAUUACACACUACUCUAGAGCAUCUAGAAAUCCUAAUAUGACUAUUCUCUUCAAAGUUUUCCUUUGCUUGAUCCUAAUUUUCUGUUGUAGCUCCCUUGUCAAUUGCACUGAGUUUGAAGUUGGAGGCCACGAUGGUUGGAUUGUCCCAAAAUCAAAGGACGAUGAUCAAAUGUACAAUCAAUGGGCAUCUAAUAACAGAUUCAAAGUUAAUGACACUCUUCUGUUCAAGUACAAGAAAGACUCGGUUAUGGAGGUGAUCGAAGAAGAGUAUGAAAAAUGUAAAUCCUCUCAUCCCCUCUUUUUCUCCAACAAUGGUGACACUGUGUUCAAGUUUAACCAAGCAGGGUUGUUCUUCUUCAUUAGUGGAGUUAGUGGUCACUGUGACAGAGGGCAGAAGAUGAUCAUAAAAGUGUUGGAUAUAGAGGCAACACCUCCACCCCAAUCUGCCAACGACACUGCACAAAAACCACAUAAAAGUGGAGCUGCUGAAAUGACUCCUAUGAGAACAAUAACAACAUUGGCAAUUUUUGUUUUGUCAACUUUAUGCUUCAUUCUUGUGUGAGGUUUAUGAAAUUAUGAGUGUCCUAGGUGUUAUGUUGUUGGAGUUUUAAUUUUUAAGUAGUAGUUUAUUCGUUGUUUUUGCCAUG